UAUGCAUGAACUAUGAGACAAUACUUUUUUGAAAUAUCUUCAAAGGAUAGUUUGCACUAUAAAUAGAUGAGCACCCAUUUCUAUUUCAGAGAAUGCAUGAGAUUAUAUUGGUAUUGUUGCACUAUACCUGGAUCGCCUCAGGUUAUGCUUGAAGAGGAGGACUUCAGUAAAUAUAUAACAAGUCUAGUGGACGUAGUGGACGGCACUGGUCACAUCCAUUCAGUGAUAAUUGACAUUGCCUAUAUAUGCUGAGAAGGAAGGUUACCUUUGUAUCUCCACAUAUGUUAAACUGAUCAUACUUUUAGAAAUUCAUAUCGUGGAUAUAUAGGCUGGCAGAUGCCUAGUAGUUCUAGUUCGCAAGGUACUUACUCAUAAAACCUUUUUAUUUAGGCUGUAUAAACAGAUUGCAGGAAAAUUUUUGUAAGAAAAUUCUAGUAAUGAUAGGAACGAAAUCAUGACUGAAAGAGUUGUUUCAACAUGCUGAAGACCCAACAAUUUUAAAGAGAAACUAUUGACCUUUUUCGAUGCGGGAAGAGAAUAAAUAAAGAAGGGACUGCUUAAAAAAGGAGGAUCGUUUGAUGGAAAGAUCUUUAUGAAACGAAUAGAAAUUCUAAUGGAUCAAUCUUGGAUAUUUCAUGAAUGCAAGGAUCACGAUUUUUUUGGCGUUCAUUCAAAGGAAUCUGGACGUUGUGGAAGAAGAAACCGUCCGCAGGUGGAAUUAUGAAGCUUCAUUCAUUUAAAUCAGGCACCCUGGUCGCUGGGAUAACCAAGAACGGUGGGACAGUUCAAAAGGACGGUACUGUGAUUUCGUGUUUUGUUAUAGUGGUUUGGUUUUGUAAUAAACUACUAUCUAUCCGUUACGUUCCAACCCCACUUAAAAUCUGAUCUGUACAUUUCUCUUUUCUGCCUUCCACCAACAAAGAAAUAGGAGACCUAGAAUUUUUAAAAUGGGUCUUGUUUCCUGUAAGAGUUGGCUAUUAUGGCUGAUUUCAGUCUACUGCAUCUUGCAAGUCAGUAGUGCUCAUUUUCCUUAUGAUCUUGACUAUCAGCAUCGGAUCAGUUUAGAUUGUGAAAGUGUUAAAGUCAAUUCAAACAAUACUCAUGCUUACUUUUCCUUUGAUUCAUUUGACAAGAAUAACGCUGGACAAGCUGCUGUAACUUAUUUUAAUGCAAAGGAUUGGGAAUGUGCUUUAGGUUCCUUAGGAAUUAUGUGGCCUCACUCUGCAUUUUCCUCUUCAUUUAAUGCAGGCAGAUUUAUAAUGUCGGCUUAUAUUCCUCAGGAGAAGCGACAUGAAUUGACUGGAUCAUUUGUCUGCAACAAAACUUCGGUAACAAACGAUGUAAUAUCAUUCAACGAAACUUCUUACAAGGAUAAUUCUUUGAAGAUAAAUGACUCGGGUGUUUAUUGUUUCGUUAUGAGACCUUUGACAAGCUUGGGUUAUAAUAUUGGUUCUUAUGUUUACUAUAGCGAUUAUAAUUAUACUGAUUUUACCGGGCGUGAAUCGUCUUUCUUAAGUGAUCUAGAUUUCACUCCAUUAAUUUUUACAGCUCUCUUAUUUCUCCCAGCUUGUAUUUGGAUCUACUUACUCCGUUCCCAACCGGCGAAAGUAUUGCCUAUUCAGUACGGGUUAUUAGUAUAUAUUGUUGCUAUAGCAAUUGGAAUCACUGUUGAUGUUUGUGAUGAGGAGCUCUACAAUGGAAUCAAUUACCCGAUUGAGCUCUUUAUUCGUUGUCUACUACUUUUCCUUGCCUCUUUUGGUAUUGGGGUUUGGCGACCGGUCCAGUUCGUUCAAUCCAAAUUCCUGUUUAUGGCUAUUGGUGGGUUCUCUAUUUUACUUUUCUUCAACAUUUUCAGUACAGUGAUUGGUUUCAUUCCUCUCCUAGUAUUUAGUCAAUGGCUUAAUGGCUCCGUUUCCAACGUUAUCUGCUUGGCUUCAAUAUUUGUACUUUAUAAGGAACGGAAUCAAGUAGAUUUUAAAUCUGAAUGCUCGGCAAAGGUUUGUAAACGUUCUCUGACUUAUUGCAUCGUUGUUUUUGCUCUUCGUCCCAUGUUUAUAUCGACAAGCUACUAUAACACUUACUAUCUACGUCAAUAUGGCUUUGUGUAUUGGCUCCUUCGCUAUAUCGUUGAAAUCAUCAUUCCUUGUUACAUUUGGUAUCCUUCCCAAAAUGAGCAACUUGUGUACACAACAAGCAUUGAAAUUUAAGUCUUUCUUAACUAUUAUCUAUAUGCCUACAAUUGUCCAAUUUUUUUUGCUAAAUUCCAAACAUAAACUAAUAUCGUCACAUUUUAUUAGAAUCCUUUUAUCCAGAAUAAUAUAAUAAUAUAGUAUUGCUUCAUGAAUCAACA